GAUAUUUCUCAGCUGCUCCGCGCUUACCAUCACCAUGUGCAGCACAGGGUGGCUAGUCUUUUAGCUGUGGAAAUGUCCAGCAAAAAAAGAAAGGAGAGGUGUCGCGUUUGCCUAAAGGAAUUCUAUAAUGCGAUAAACAUAUUCGACAACCGACCAGAUGUUCUGGAUGCAAUUGCCCACUACUCUGGCCAAGAAGUCAGUAGAGGAGAUUCCUUCCCCGAAUUCGUAUGCAGACUUUGCCUGGCGGAUGCGAUUGCCUUUCAAGCCAAGGAGCCCCUCGAGGAAAGUAACCCUGCGGAGGGGGUAGUCUACGAAAUAUGCGAGUUCCUGGACAAGGACGAGGUGCCGGAGCAGAACUCAGCGGAAGAAUUCUUUGAAAUUGUCGAGUACCCAGACGAGAAUGAAGAACUAGAGGAUGGAGAAUGCAUAGUGCAGGACACUGAGGUGGAGGAAUCAGCUGCUUAUGAAGGAGAUGAAGCUGACUUAGACUGCACAGAGCCCUCUCAUAAAAGAAGGAAAGACUUACCAAUCGAAAAUGAAGUAUUCCAGGAAUCAACCAGCUAUGGUGAUUCGCCAAACGAAUAUGACUUAUGUGAGGAUGAAGUCGGUACAGAACCAAAUGGGCAACCACAAGCUACCUUAGAGCCGCCUAGCUUUAGUCCUAGGCAGGCGCCCUUAUCGGAUGGAAGCACCCAAGAGAAGGGUGAGCUCAUCCGGUGUCCGGAUUGCCCGAAGACCUUCAAAAGGCAGUUACACUUCCUGAAACACAGCGCAAUUCACGCACGCUCUUACACGGCACCAAAGUUCUUCCGGUGCUCUUUUUGCUUGAAGUUCUUUCAGCAGCAGUCCGAACUGGAGUUACACAAGAUAGGCCACUCCGGAGAGAAGUUUAGGUGCAACAAGUGCUCCAAAUCUUUUACCUCGGAAAACGAUUUUAAACAUCAUAGGCAGAUUUUUCACUUUCCGGACUCAAGGAACGAUGAGCCUUUCAAGUGUCCCCAUUGCCCGAAGACAUACAAAACAUGGGGCCAUUUCCAGAAUCACAGGAAAGGUCACGGCAUAGCGGAGGAAGUGCUUCAGGUGGCGUCUGAUGAUAUUGAUUCAUCCAACUGCAUAGUUAUCAACGAGCCAAUUGAAGAUGACUUAUUUGAGGAUCAGGUCGAUACAGAACCAAACGAACCAUCACAAACUCCUAAGGAAUUGGCCGCCACGUCGUACACAGGGGGUAGCACCUUCCAGUGUAACGAUUGCCCGAUGUCCUUUGAUGAAUGGCGCUGUUUUAAGAUUCACCGGGCCGUUCACCGUAGCCCACGAUCGCUACAAACUUGUUUCAGGUGUUCCGUCUGCCUUCAGACGUUUAGAAGGAGGGCCGAUCUGGAACUGCACAUGGAAGAUCACAAUGGGCAGCUGGUGGCGUCCAAUGAUAUUGAUUCAUCCAACUGCCAGGUUGUUAACGAGCCAAUCGACAAUGACCUUAUCGAGGAUCAAGGCGGCACAGAUCCAAACGAGGAGUCACAAACUUCCUGGACCUUUCAGUGUAUCGAUUGCCCGAAGUCCUUUAAUAGUUGGCGCAGUUUCAACAGGCACAGGGCUGUUCACAAGCGGCCCCGCACUGAGCCGAGUUACUAUAGGUGCUCCGUCUGCCUGGAAACCUACAAGAAGAAGGCCGAUCUGGACCUGCACAUGGAAAAGCACACUGGAAAGCUGCACAAGUGCUCUGUCUGCUCCGAGUCUUUCACCUUUGAAAACGAUCUGAUGCGACACAAUCGCAAGCAACACCAUUUGAAUCCAUUCAAGUGUCCCCUCUGCCCACUAUCUUAUGUACUGAAAACCAAUUUUGAAUCACACCUCGUUUCUCACGGUGUAACAUGACACAGUUCGAAGCUUGAUAAUAAAUGAAGCCUAUUACGAAAUUAAAAAA